GUGCAUUCUUAUCCAGUGAAAUGUUUGCACACCUAUUGGAGCAACAUAUGCUUGCCAGGGAAAAUAUCUGUGUACUUAAGGUAACUGAAGUGGAUGGUAGAGUUAAACUUUGUAUUCAAUGA